CGAGCCUUUCUUCGAAAAGAACAUGGCCGACAUUUUGGUCUUGCUGUCAUGAAGAUUUUCUAGUGACAAAUUUUACCUUUGUAGUUCUUCAUGCACGGUUUUAAGUUCCAAAAACGUUUUAUUUUUAAUUAAAUAGACGGUGUUUAGUAUAAGAUAUUUUAUUUUUAUAAAACAUGGCAGCUGAUCGAGAGAUUGCUGCUGAAGACAGCAUAAGAGUGGUGUGCCGAUUUCGACCAUUGAAUGACUCCGAGGAAAAAGCUGGUUCCAAAUUUAUAGUGAAAUUCCCUUCAGGAACUGAUGACAAUUGCAUUUCCAUAGGGGGUAAAGUAUACUUGUUUGACAAAGUAUUUAAGCCAAAUGCGACUCAGGAGAAGGUCUACAAUGAAGCUGCCAAAAGUAUCGUCUCUGAUGUACUGGCUGGUUACAAUGGCACUAUAUUUGCUUAUGGACAGACUAGUUCUGGAAAAACACAUACCAUGGAAGGUGUCAUAGGAGAUCCAGGGAAACAGGGUAUUAUUCCACGGAUAGUCAAUGACAUAUUCAACCACAUCUAUGCAAUGGAGGAAAACUUGGAAUUCCAUAUAAAAGUUUCAUAUUUUGAAAUUUAUAUGGACAAGAUUCGGGAUUUAUUAGAUGUGUCAAAGGUUAACCUCAGUGUUCAUGAAGACAAAAAUAGAGUUCCAUUUGUAAAAGGUGCUACAGAAAGGUUUGUGUCAAGCCCCGAAGAAGUGUUUGAAGUUAUAGAGGAAGGGAAGUCAAAUCGACACAUUGCUGUAACAAACAUGAAUGAACAUUCAUCUAGAUCUCAUUCUGUCUUCCUCAUUAAUGUAAAGCAGGAAAACUUAGAAAAUCAGAAAAAACUUUCUGGGAAACUAUACCUUGUAGAUUUGGCUGGUUCUGAAAAGGUAUCUAAGACUGGUGCUGAAGGUACGGUACUUGAUGAAGCUAAGAACAUCAACAAAUCACUGUCUGCAUUGGGUAACGUCAUCUCAGCGCUCGCAGACGGAAACAAAUCGCACAUCCCAUACAGAGACUCUAAACUCACGCGUAUCUUACAAGAGUCACUUGGUGGUAAUGCAAGGACAACCAUUGUUAUUUGCUGUUCACCAGCUUCUUUCAACGAGAGUGAAACCAAGAGUACACUUGAUUUCGGCAAAAGGGCCAAGACUGUGAAGAACGUGGUCUGUGUUAAUGAGGAGCUUACUGCCGAGGAAUGGAAACGACGUUACGAGAGAGAGAAAGAGAAGGUGGCUAGGCUGAAGGGCAAGGUUGAAAAGUUAGAGGCGGAGCUGGCCCGCUGGCGCUCAGGUGAGACGGUGCGACCCGAGGAGCAGGUGAACCUGCAGGAGCUCGAGGCCGUCACGCCCGUGACGUCAUUCAUCGAGGACAAACCUCCGGCGCCGCCGGUACCAGUAGCCGUUUCAAGUGCUGUGGAAGAUGCGGCCAUGCAGGGCAAGCUGGAAGCCCUCUACCAGCAGCUGGACGACAAGGACGAGGAGAUCAACCAGCAGUCGCAGCUGGUCGAGAAGCUCAAGGACCAGAUGAUGGAGCAGGAGGAGCUCAUUGCUUGCACAAGGCGCGACUACGAAUCCCUGCAGGGUGACAUGAACCGCAUCCAGCAAGAGAACGAGGCCGCCAAGGAGGAGGUUAAGGAGGUGCUGCAGGCGCUCGAGGAGCUGGCCGUCAACUACGACCAGAAGUCGCAGGAGGUGGACAGCAAGAGCCGCGAGUGCGACCAGAUGUCCGAGGAGUUGCAGGCCAAGCAGACGGCGUUAGCCUCCGCGACGGCCGAACUUCAGCAGCUCCGCGACAUGUCCGCCCACCAGCGCAAACGCAUCGCCGAACUGCUCUCCAACCUGCUCCGCGACCUCGCCGAGAUCGGCGCGGCCGUCGGCGGCUCCGAGCUCGACUUCAAGCUCAACGUCGACACCGUGGGCAAGCUCGAGGAGGAGUUCACCGUGGCGCGCCUGCACAUCAGCAAGAUGAAGAGCGAGGUCAAGAACAUUGUGCAGCGGUGCCACUCGCUGGAGACGGCCAAUAUUGACGCUAAUCAGAAGAUCGAGGAGUACGAGCGUUCGCUGGGAGAAUGCAGACUGCUCAUCUCGCAGCACGAGGCGCGCUGCGCGUCGCUCGCCGAGUCCAUGCGCGAGGCCGAGAACAAGAAGCGGCAGCUGGAGGAGGCCGCGGACGCGCUGCGCGAGGAGUGUGCUCGCUUGCAGGUAACAUACAGACUGCUCAUCUCGCAGCACGAGGCGCGCUGCGCGACGCUCGCCGAGUCCAUGCGCGAGGCCGAGAACAAGAAGCGGCAGCUGGAGGAGGCCGCGGACGCGCUGCGCGAGGAGUGUGCUCGCUUGCAGGCGGCGGAGCGCGUGUCGGCGGCGGCGGCGGAGCAGCGCGCGGACACGCAGGUGCGCGGCGCGCUGGAGGCGCAGCUCGAGCAGCUGCGCGCCGCGCACGCCACGCAGCUGUCCUCGCUGCGCGACGAGCUCGCCACCGUGCAGCGCAACCACCAGGACCUCAAGGACACGUACCAGGAGCUGACGCUGGCGCGGCAGCAGCUGCAGGACGACUACGACAAGCUGAAGCGCGAGGAGGCGGACAAGUCGGCCAAACUCAAGGAGCUCAUUCAAAGCGUGGAGAGGCGUGAGCAGGCGCGGGCCGAUCUCAAGGGCCUGGAGGACACGGUCGCUAAGGAGCUGCAGACCUUGCACAACCUGCGCAAGCUAUUCGUACAGGACUUGCAGGCGAGAAUAAAGAAAUCGAUAAACUCUGAGGAAGGCGCCGAGGAGGAGGGCGGUUCCCUGGCCCAGAAGCAGAAGAUCUCGUUCCUGGAGAACAACCUGGAGCAGCUGACGAAGGUGCACAAGCAGCUGGUGCGCGACAACGCCGACCUGCGCUGCGAGCUGCCCAAGCUGGAGAAGCGGCUGCGCGCCACCAUGGAGCGCGUCAAGGCGCUCGAGACCGCGCUCAAGGAAGCAAAGGAGGGCGCUAUGCGAGAUCGCAAGAGGUACCAAUUCGAAGUGGACAGGAUCAAAGAGGCCGUUCGUGCCAAGAAUCUCGCCCGAAGAGGCCCACAGGCGCAAAUCGCGAAGCCGAUCCGCGCCGGCGGCGGGCACCUGGCGGGCGGCGCGCCCGGCGCCGGGCGGCCUGCGCACGCGCACGCGCACGCGCCCGCGCCCGACAUCAAGCGCAAGUCCAUCGUCGUGGGCGGCCGGGAUGAAAGUUGAAGAGCUAACCGCAUCACAUCUUAGAGAAUUUAAAUGGAACUUUAUAGGUGUACCUAACUUACGGCGAAAAUCAUUCUCGAGCAUUAUAUCCAUUAUAAUAAAAAUACGUGUUUAAUAAAAGCCUAAUUUAAGCUGCAACAAAAAAAAAAGAAAUAUCGUAGUUCUCUUAAGCUUAAAUGUUUCGGGCGAUCUAAUUAAUAAUGUCAGUGCACAUGGACUUAGACGGUAUAGCUUUUUGCUAAUAUUUAAGCUACUUAAAAUUCGAUAUGUAUAAUUGUUAGGUACCCCUGCAAAAAGUAUUACUUUCUAUAUAAUCAGAUCCGAAGCGUUGAGGGUUGCUUUUUUUUACAAAGGAGAUAAAAUAUUUUUAUGAAAUGACAAAGUAUUAACUUUAGCUUGAUAACGUCUUGAGCGCUGAUCGCAUUACAUACUAAAUUAAAUAUUCUAAUUAAUCUUAGUGGUAUGAUUCCGUGGGAUGAAAUGCGGCCGAUGAAAGUACGUUAAAUGUGCAGUACAAAGACAUACCGAGCCAGUUACCAAGAAUUCUGGAAUCACUGAGACAGUGCUCCCAUUUCUCCUAUCGGACGCGAUUCAUGUUUUCAAAAGUUGCAAUACGUUAUUAUGUUAAGGUUCGCUGUGAAUAAUUUGCAGCUUGCAUAUGCUACCGCACAAAUAAAAUAAAAAUACAAAAAAAAUGUUUUAAAAUAAGUGUCUAUUACGGUUGCUGUAAAGUCCUCGUAAUCACGUGUGGUGGCAAAUGCAUACCAGUAUGCAUCUUCAAUGUGUAGUUGUAGAUUAGGCUUCAUUGAUAUAUAUUUUUAUAUAUUGUGAUAAGCGUUGUUAUGCCGACAAGCGAGCAUUUAUUUAAUUACUAACGAAAGAUUUGGUACGUUCGUUAAGGUGUCAUGGGUGAUAACGAGAAUUCGAAACAGACAGGAACAGUUUAUAAUAGAUUGUCGGGCAUUUGAUUUAGGACGAGAGUGCCUGCGCGACUUGCUGCCACUAGCAAGUUCUCUGCUGUCAGGCACAGUCUGCGACGCCAGAAGGAUUCAUAUUUUACAUUUUUAGUGGGUGAUUUUUGUAUUCUAUCUAGGAAUAUGAAAAUCUCAUUCAACUAAUUACAUUUUUGCUCUGGUGACAUAGGAAUACAUAUAAAACAAUAUUUACCAAUGCGUAGUAAAAGCACUUAUAGAAAAGUUACUGCUUAAAUUAGUGUAGGUUGGUUAUCAUUCAUCAUCACCUUUCGCUUAGCUCUCAUCGCGCGUCAUGUUCACGUUUGCUUGUGAUCUGUGAUUUUAGCACAUAAUAUAAUGAACCCCGUCUGCUUAGAAAGUCUCAGUGGUUAUUUUAGUUAAGUUCCGAGCAUAUGUAAUGCCGCGGAACGUAAACGAUAAACGUGCAAUAUUCCUUUCAAGCACAUAAUAAACGAAUGACAAGUGAUGCUUAAAAUACCCAGUACCCGAUUGGUUGAAGUUCUCUAUUGCUUUUAGGAUACAUCCGCUUCAUCUAGAUCUGUAACUUAUAUAAGUACUUACGAAUGUAAUCACGGAUAGGGGCCAGCAGUGCCGCGUCGCGAACAUGAGGAGUUAUGGAACUACGUGAACCACAUGUCAGAAAACCAAAGAUAAAUCACAUUUUUAGAUUUAUUGAUUGAGAUUAAAUGCCACCUGAAAUUCAAUAAGUUAUAUCCCGAAUUACUCGAUGGUUCCAAAGCUCCUUGUUUUUCUUGCAAUACAUUUAUGAUUUAGGUGUAAAGUUAUAGUAAAUUAUUUCACAAUUAAGUUAGGUUCUCGAUUUUAUUAUUUUUUAUUUAUUGUUUCACGAACCAAAAUUAUCUCGUUUUUUUUUUUCACUUUUAAAGUGUUGUACGCUUUUUUUACAUACCUCUAUUUACAUUAUUUUAACAAUCAUGAUCAAAUACAUAUAUUUUUUCAUUAAAAAUGGGGAUGUAAGCAAAGAUGCAUUCCACGAGGGAACUCGAAGUGUGUGUCUUUGUCGUCGUUAAGUCUAGAUUGUUUUGUUUUGUUGUCGUGUAGGUACAUAAGAGGCUACCCUCGGUUACUCGCGCCUGCGGUGGCGCUCGACGGGCUCCGGCGCAUCGCAAACAAACCGACAGGCUUGCCUUUGCACCAAGUGAUUUAGUUUGUAUUGACAUCUUUUGUAUGAUGUAUUUAAUAUAAAGGAAAUUCUCAGAAAGAGCGUUUUCUUGAUUUUUAUUUAUUAUAAAAAUAAAAUUAUGAAUUUAAUUUGC